UUACAAUUGAAGAUUCCCCCGUCAUGGAUGCACAAAUCACAUUCUCAACUCGAACCACGUUUGCCCUUUGCGCCCUAUUCUCAUGUGGCCAUCGGAGCCCUCUCUUCUGUAUCCUUUACUGACCUCGUUUUUCAGUUUAUCUCCCGGAUGAUCUGCUCGUGUCAAGCGCUCAAUCGCCAUGCGGAAGCCUUGGUUCUGAGCCAAAUCAGUCCUGAAGGUUCUCUAAUAGAUUUUGGCUUGCAAUUGAUUUCAAAUUGUUCGAACCCGGCUACCGACUCGGUGGCAUCCGCGAAUGAACAGAGGAAUACCACUGAAGACGGAAAACCGAGCCAGCCAUCAAAGACAGUUGACAAAAUCCGUGGAGCCUGUGGCGGAUUCUACAAUACCAUCAGUUUGGAAUGUCUUGACGGAGUCAUAGAAUAUCUCUGGGAUAUACGACUUCUGGAAACACUUUCCGCCAGUGCCUUUGCCCAGGGUGCCUUCGCGCUGCACUCGAAAUACAACUCGUGCAUUACCAUCCCAGACCUGAACUCGAACAAUCCCGACCAAGUUGUAUCUGACAGCGCAGACGCUCGUAUACUCCAAUUUCUUCAUUCAAUGUCGCAGAAAUUAUUUGCCUGAAAAGCACUCCUUGCCCCGGUCAUUGUAAAUAUUCUCCCCCCUUUGUUUUUCCCCUAACACUUGGCGCGUGUAUGUAAAACAAUGCAAAGAGAGAUUUCAGCGCCCUACUUCUUGUUUUAACACAUAUUUAC